AUGCAUUUUCUUUGUGCUUUUUUGCAAGGCGUUUCUUUGCUUCGACGACGAUAUAAUUUUUGUCUCUUUUCUGUCACAGGCCACAUUUUAUCCCUACCCAUCGGCCAUGUACGAAGAGGAUCUGAUCAGCCAGCGGGCAAGAGCUUUCCCGCUCAGCCAUGGACUCAUGUCGGCGCCACAGGCGUUCUCUUUCGGCUUUUCCGUGCACCCAGCACACGACCCAAUGUCUCUCACAGAAAAAUUUUCUAUAUAUUUCUCUCACUUUUUUAUUAUCCAUAUUAUUCUCUCUUUCUCUCACUCACUCACUCACUCACUCACUCUAUUUCUCUCUUUCACUCCUUCUUUUUCUAUAUCUAUCUAUCUCUGUAUUUUUCGUUCACUCUCUUCCUCUCUCUAUUUCUCUCUUUCAUUCUCUCGCUUUCUCUAUUCUCUCUUUCUCGUUAUUUCUCUCUUUCUCACACUUUUUCUCUCCAUUUCUCGCUCUCUUUCUCUCUAUCUGUCUCUCUCUAUUUCGCUCUUUCAGUCUCUCUAUUUCUCUCUCCCAUUCUUUCUAUUUCUCUCUCACUCUCCCUAUUUUAUUCUCACUCUCUCUCUCUCUCAAUCUCUCUUUCUCUAUCUAUUUCUUUCUCAUUUUCUUUCUUUCCUUCUCUCCAUUUCUCUCUAUAUAUAUAA